CUGGAUUGGCCAAACAUGCAUGCUGUCCCGGACAGCAGGCAGCAGGCAGCAGGCAAAUCCACUACAAGAGCUCUUUUACUACAGUCACUAACCCACCCGCUCUGUCCCGUCGGCGAAACAGCUCCGGUGCCGGCGACUGAACUCCGAGCAAUCACUCAGCAGCAGCUUCUGACACAGGUAAUGGCGAGGGCGAUUGAUUUUGAAACUGAGUUUCCAAAGAUUAGUAAUAAUUACCUUUCCCAAGAACAAAGACAUCAAUUCUUCGAAAAACUAAAGCAAGUUGUUGUUAUUGUAAAUACCGAAAUACCUGGAAUCGCAGGGGGUGCUCCGCCUACUAAGCCAAUGGUUCUUCGUGGUGCCGGGCUGAUCAUAGAUAAAAAUGGGACAAUACUAACUAGUGCGUAUUUGGUUCCAGACGACGCACUAUCUAUACGUGUCCGCCAGGAAGUUGAUGAAGACUUUUGGGAAGCCAAUAGAGAGGGGAAAAUGCCAAAAUAUGAUUUAACUAUUCUUGUGCCGAAGAAGAAUGUGUGUGCCUUUGACUUUGCUACAUUUGACGAGGAAGAAGGAUUCGAUAUUGGGAAGGAGGUGCUUUCUAUUUCUCACACAGCCAAUUUUAUGUACACACUAAUGAUAGGUCAUCUCGCAUGCCAGGAUCACAUGCUUGCGCGAGACGUGGAGGAUGACCCAAAGAACGUUGCUCCAUUAUCGCUCGACGGUGAUUUGAAGCUAAUGCAGAUUAAUAAUUUUCAUGGAUGGAAUAAUGCAAUGGGUGCCCCGGUGUUCAGUUCAAGCGGCGGACUUAUCGGACUUUCUACUUUUGUCUGGAAGGAGUUCGACUUUGCCGUACAUUUAACCGUUCUAAAGGACUUCUACAGAUCUUAUAAAAAGGGAAAGGGGAAAAAAAAGUGAAACUCCAAGCUUUGUUAUAGCUCUAUGUUGUAUUAGUCUUUUUAUCCUACUCUAUUCAUCUGUUUUGAAAGCUUUGUCAUGUUUGACUGUAUACUUGUAAUGGGGUUUGGGCAAGCGUAUCCAUGUUUUUUUUGGGUCUGGUUAUGGACCUCAUGGUUCUUAUAUAUCUAUGAUUCAAGCAUGCUUAUUGUUA